CGACAAGCCAAGGGAGAAGGCCGGGGCGGCUUCCUCAGGGGUGUCGGCACCCGUUAAGGCGGAUCUUGGCUUGGCAUCGAGCUGGAAGCGGAGGAUCUGGGUGGUCACCGUAGCUGAAGAUCUUGGUUGGUGAAGGCAGUGGGAGAGGAGGAUGCCCGUGGCGUCUGGGUUUCAACGAUGCUGUACUUCAUCCGCCGCUUCUUCAUCCGCAUCUUCGCCGGAGGGACGAGAGUCGGACGGCUGGCCUCACCCACCACGGGAUCAUGAUCUGGAUGACACAGCCAGUGACACCAGUGCCACCCACGACCUAGGGGAUGACCGCUUCGAGGACCCUACCGAGGACAUCCUCCAUCAGUGGAUGGUGGGUGUCGGCGCCACAUCAACGCCAGAUGAGAGCGGCGACCGUCCCCACCCCACGAGGCGUUCUCAGACGUCACGCAGCGAGAGCUCCUCGUCCCCGUUCUCCUCUCUGGCCCACCGGGGUGAUGAUGAGCGUGCGGAGCGUGACAUCGAGACGGAGCGGCAGAAGAUGAAGCUGACGGCAGAGGGCGGGGCGUCUGGUGCACCGGCCGUCAUCAAGGGAUACGACGCCGUCAUGCACAAGAUCGCCUUGCUGCUCAACGAGGAGGUGAGGUGGGUCAGCCCGCAGAGACAGACCACAGGGAAGGAGGCAGGCCAGGCCGCUUGGACACGUGUGGUUUGUGUGCAUGGGUGUGCCAUGCCGUCCGUGUAUGUGAUGUGUGCCUAUCUAUCAGGAUAGCAAGGACGUGACUCUUUGCGUCAAGGAUCCUGAGCAUGGCCACGUCACUCGGUUCCGCGCCCACCGCCUCCUGCUCGAGGCGCAGAGUGACUUCUUCCGGGCGCUGUUCCGCCCCGGCUUCAUGGAGCAGCACAGCGAUGAACUGACGCUAAGCGAGAUGAAGGCUGAUACAUUCGCUGCAUUUCUCAAGGUAGGUAGCUAGGUCGACACACAGAUAAACACACGAGCAGGGAACAUGGAAGGGAUUCAUUCUGUGUGUGCGGUUGUUUGUUUGUUUGUGUCUGUCUGCAGUUCAUCUACAGCGGCGAAGUCAGCGUUUCAGCAGACAAUGUGUGGCACCUCGUGGAGGUCAGUCAGCUUGAGCAGAUAGAUGGCCAGCCAGCCAUGUGUUGCCAUGCAUGGCCAUGACACCCACCCACAUACAGCAUGUGCUGUGUGGUUGUGUCUGUCUGUCUGUCAGGUUGGCCAUCGGUACACAGUGUUUUCGUUGGUGGAGUGCUGCUGCCAGUGGCUGCAGGGCCACGUGCCCCUCACCAGCGCCAACCUAGUCCCCACACUCAGCCUCGCUGUCCGAUUCAGACUCACCACCCUCAUCGAGGUACGUACGUACGGAAGGGCCGCCUCGCCGACUGACUGAUCACUCCAGCCGCUACGCUACACACGCCAUCUUGCCAUUCCCUCGUGUGUGUGCUGUGCAGGACUGCCUGGAUCACCUCAACGGCCACAGCGAGGUGUUUGAGUCGAGGCUGUCUCAGCCCGGCCCCCACAACCACCCCUCAGGACGCCUUCACCGAUCGCAGAGCAGCCGCGACCGCCAGCCCUCAGCCAGCAGCAGCUCCUCCUCUGCCUCCGUCACUGUGGGCGGGCUCUACGGCUUCGUGCACCACAGCAGCAGGGGGGCCAACGAGCGUGGCUACCAGCCGUCCCCGCUGCUGUCGUGUCCGCGCCACAUCCUGGAGGAGAUCGCCAUCAGCGACCGCAUCUGCAUCGCCGAGGAUCGGCUGCUGACGCUGCUGAUCGAGUGGAGCUGCAAGCGCCUCACCGCCAGGCAGACCCGCAGACGGGGCAGCAAGACCUGCCACGGCAAGAGGUGCCAGUGCGCGACGCCCGUCUUGCAGGCCCUCCUCUGGCGCGACUAUCUGCUGCCGUCCACCGACCGCAUCAACGCCAGCGCCAGAGCAGCAGCCGGGCAGCCCGAACAAGAUGAUGAGAGCCGAUCUGUGUCGUCAACCCAGUCUGACAGCACCAGUGGGGGUGCGGAGCUGUCCCGGCAGAUGCUGGCGGUCUUGGAUGGGGGCAGCGACAACGAUGAGGAGGCCGAUGACACACAGGAGGAUGACGGGCUGGGGGAGGGCGACAUGGUCGCCAGUGGGACCCUCAGGCGGCUGCUCAGAUGGUGGCGACGUCGGCAGAGGGACCGGGAUGACGACAGCGUGAGGGACACGACAACAGUGCGGCGGUCGAGACGGCGUGACGCGCGUCGUUCCACCACGGACCAGCCUAGCUCCUCAUCUUCAUCCUCUGCCCGCCCGCCCUCCCCCUCCUGGCCAUUCUUCGAGAGGGACCGGUCUGGGCGCUGCAUCGGCUGCGACGACCGGCUCGAUGGCGACCGGGCGACAUGGCUCUUGUGCGAGCACUGCGCGGUGCCGGCGGUCAACGUGUGUGCGGUGGACCUCGUGAGAGAUCUGCAGGAUUUCUGGCCUACUCUGAGAUACACGCAGCUGAGCCCUUACGCCUUCGCCGCUCUGCACCAGCUGGUGCGUCUGGUGUCGAUGCACCGCGAGUCGAUGCAGCCCCUGGUGCUUCCACUGUCAUCUCCCCCGCUGUCGGGGCAUGACGUGGUGCUGGACAUGACAGUCGACAAGCGUCGUGUCAACGAGGGGCUCGGCGACGGCCAGCUGCGUGGCAUGCGGCCCACGCGGCCGUUUGUGGCGCUGUGGGACACGACCCCUUACGGCCUGGCCGACUACUCGGUGGGGUGUGCGAACCUCAACACCACAACCAUGCACCCGGCUGCUGCCGAUUUGGGCUGGCUGGACCGUUGGAGCGCGCCCGGCGUGUCCAACAUGGCGGCGAAGGAAGACGCAGCAGCUCCGCCAUCGAGUUCCUCCUCAUCUCCGUCGCUCCAACCGCCGGCCAUGAUUCUAGAGCGGCCCCUCACCAGCCCCAGCGACACGCUGCCCACCGCACGGGCAGAGAGCAGCAGCGCCGCGUCCGUCCCACGCACGUCGUCAUCCUCAUCCACCGUGCCCACCCUCUCGCCGCCCAACGAGCUGCAGCACGAGACCACACACGACGAUCCUGCAGCUGGCCAGGGGAUGCUUCCGCCCGAGCCACCUGCCGUCAUUGUCGAUGAGGGGUGCCCCCUGAUGUCGCUCCUCGAAUCGCUGGGCCAUGUGAGGUCCCCCCUGCCAGAGGGCAGCACUGGCUAUGACAGGGGUGACGUCCUGAGAGCCAUCAAGCCUCCUCAGGCUCACGGAGGCGAGAGCAGCAGCAGCAGCAGCAGCAGCAGCCACAGCCCGGGAGGGGACGGCGUGUGCUGUUGGGGCCAGCAGUGUCCGGCGGGGGAGCGGGCGUCGGGCGGCGGCCUGACGUGGCAGCUUGACCACGAAUCGGAUGGCGCAGCUGAGCAUGGUCACCACAAGGGCGAGGGGAGCGUGGCGGUCCAUCCAGCUGGUGCUGGUGAGAGGAGCCUUGUGUGGCGUGACGCCAACCGCAGUGCCGGCUUCAUUGCCGGGGCUCUCGACGCCGCAACCAGGGUGUUCAACGGUAUGCAAGGAGUAGAAGGACACACAAAGGGCAUGCCAUGCCGCCCUAAUGCAUUUCUUUCUUUGCGUUGCUUGCGUGUGUAUGCCAUCCAUCCAUCCAUCCAUCCAGGGUCCUCCCCUGUGCCAUGUGUGUGCAUGCGUCCGCGAUUCACCGUGAUACGCUUCCGCUACAAGAUGGGCUUCUUCGUCCGCCUGCCCCCGACGGUUAGACACGAAUUAGACAGUGCACAGCACAGCUGUGUGUGCAUGUUUACUGUGCGCGUGAAUGUGAUUGAUGUGCGUCGCGUCAGGACCUGGACGGUCGCGAUGAGGCUGUGCUGGGCGAUGGUGUGGACCCCGAGGCCCUGGGCGAGCAGUCCAUCACCUCAAGUAUGCGCACGGUGGCCUGGCGGGUCAGGAUUAUCCAAAGCGCCCCGCACCAGAAGAUCUUCAUCGGAGUCCUCUCGCGCGGCGGCAAAAUCGCCAGCCAGGAGUGGCUCAAGGUCACACACACACACAGUCCUGUGUUUGUGUAUUCAUGGGUGUGUUGUGUUGUGUUGUGUUGUUUUGUGUGUUCAGGGGUCGGCCAAGGUGGCGGUGCGCCGUGGGUGUGAGUUCCGUGUGGUGUUUGACGUCAACUCACGGUUUCUUCUCGUCUUCAACCAGCGGAGGCUGCUCGAGGCCAAACAGGUAUGUGUGUAUGGGUCGACAACCACACACAACACGGCCAUGUGAUUGCAUCUGUUUGUGUGUAGGUGCCGAGCUACUACAUGAACGACGAGCGUACGGCGUGGCCGUUUGUGCGGUCGUCGGGCGGGUCUGUCAGAUUCACAUCAGCUUGAAUGAAUGGAAUGACCGCCUGUGUGGUGUGGUGGCUGGGCUGGAUGGGCGUGGCGUCUCUUUGUGUGUGUUGGGAGUGGGUGGGUCGGUGGAUUGGAUGAGUGGGCUGGGCUGGGCGUGUGGGCUCCCCCUUUCUUUUUCCCGAAGAGAAGAGCGAUGUGUGCGUGGAGUGACGUGGAUGUGUGUGUGAGUCAGUUGGAUUGGAUGGAUGUGUUGAUUCCUGCUACUGAUUGGAUUGCAUGUCGGUCCGGUGGGUGGGUGGAAUGGCUGUGUGGGUGUGUGGUUCCUUUAUUUAUUUAUCCAAAGCGUACGUACAUGCGUGGCGUGGGUGUGUGUCUGUGGGUUCUGUGGGUGUGCAUGUCAUGUGGUGCGAGAGCGGUGUACGGUACGUUGGUAUCUGUCAUGAAUGCAUUUUAUCUGACUGUCGAUUAUUUCAGUGAGGGGGUGGAUGGGGGUGGGUGAGAACGAGUAUAUGGAUGGAUGGAUGGAUUAACGGUAGUCAGUAUGUAGCGUCCCGCCUUGCUUGUACGUUUCAACAUCCGAAAGAUCUCUGAAUGUCUGUCUGUCUGUCUGUCUCUGUGGCUGCCUGCACGAUGGAUGCUUGAUGGAUGAUCGAGAUGGGUGAACGCAAACGGACCAGGAAGUACCAUUCUCAUUUAUUAGCUAUCAGUGAACGCUUUCAAGAACCGA